AUGUCAGAAUAUUGUAAUAAUUGCUUUUGCUGUGGUUGUUAUCUUGUACCACGAUACAAACGACUAGUUAAUAAUGUUUUUCCACAAAACCCACAGCACGGACUCGAUAAAAAUAAUCUGGAGAAAUUACGUUUUUAUGCAGUUGUUAAACCUGAAAAACUUGACAAAUCGUUUCGGUACAUGUCAGAAAAAGUUGCACGCUAUUUACGUCAUCGAAAUAAACCAUUUGUUAUUCUUGGAAUUAAAGCUAUGAAUGAUACAAUGAAAUCAUGUUAUCAACAAUUAAAUACUUUUGUUGAUCAUUAUCUUGAUGCACUUCGUCUGGUGCUUGAAGAAAAAAAUGAUCUUGAAUUAACCGAACAUGCGGUGUCUUCGUUCGAAGCCUUUUGUGAAAUUCGUGAAGAAGCACCAAAUUAUCAACGUAAUUAUGAAUUUUUUGUCGAUCGCUUCACUGAACUGUGCCAUAACAAUAGUGAUACAAAUAAAACCAAAUUUCGGUGUCUUGGCCUUCGCGGUCAUCAUGCUCUAAUUCGAAAAACUGCAAAUGAUGAAUUACAGAAUGAUGUUUGGAAACACAUGGAUAAAAUAGUACCGUCAAUUGUAUUCAAUAUGGAAGUACGAGAACAAGACCGACAAUCUAUUCCUACAACACCAACAUCAUCACAAUAUAAUCUCGGCGUAACAACAGCACCUGAACAAAUUGAAUUAAUUGAACGUGGAACAGCCUUAGCAAAUGAUAAUCCAGCUAUACUAGCUGUAAUUGUUUUACGUGAUUUAUUUUGUCGUGCUCAUUUAAAUAAUAUCACUGCUUGCGUUCAACCCAUUCUAAUUCAUUUAGAUAAUCAUGAUAAAUGGAUCCCUGUUGACUUUCCCAAAUAUAUUUUUUCUGAAAUAAUGAAUUCAAUAAAACAUCAUAAUAGUUAUUUAAUUAUCGAAUUACUUCUUGGUCACCUUGAAAAACAUUUUCAUCAACAAGACAGAGCAAAUAUAAAAACAUCGAUUAUGAAAGUUAUUCAAGAUUGUAUGGUUUUUGCUGCUGCAACGACUGGAGCUGGAUCAACUAUGUUUACAGGCAUUUCUCGUCUGUUGAAAUUUUUAAGGAAAUCAUUUCAAAUUCAAUAUACAUCAAAUGCUAAUAAAACAUUAUCCAAUAAUCAAGAUGAACAUGAAUUUCAAACAGCAGUUAUUAAUGGCAUAGGAGAUUUCGCCGAAAAAUUACCGGAUUUUCAAAUGAUGGAAAUCAUGCAAUUUAUAAUAACAUCACUAGCAACACUUAAUCAAGGCUAUGAAGAAACCACAAAUGAUUCAAAAGAUGCAACUUUAAAACUUCAAUUACUUCUACUUAAAACUGUGAAAAAAGUUGCAGCAACCUAUCAAACAGUUCAUCGUCGUGAAACAUCAACACAAACAACGUUUCCUCAUCAACUUUUCGAUCCAUUACUUAAAAUGAUGAAUGCACCAGAACCAGAAGUUCGUUUAAUUGUUUUAGAAAUUCUUCAAUCAUUAGUCGAUCGACGACAAUAUUCAGAUAAAUUACGGCAAAUAAAACUGCCUAAAGAUAUUUCUCAACUGGAAUUGCCAACAGAAACAAAAGCAAACCGUCUGUUUGAUAUUGCGUUUAUGAAAAAAUUUGGUCGUCAAUUUCUUUCUCAACUCUAUGCAUGUAUAUUGAUGGAUAAUAAUACGAAUGAUAUAUUUCAUGCUAUUUAUUGCCUUAUGAAUCUUGUUACGCUUGAAGCAGGAGAUAAAGAUGUUCUUGUUGAUGUUAUUCAUUUUUGCUUUAAAAUUCAGUGUGAUUUAACAAAAAUAUCAGACUCAAAUGGAAAUUUACACCAAUCAUCUCAGAGAAGAUUAUCCAAAACAAAUGAUCACAGUAUACAUGCACUAAUAGCCGCUUAUUUCAAUUUAAUGUCAAAAUUAAAUGGAAUUUCAGCAUUUUCUCAGCAUGUCAAUGAGAUCGUUCGAAAUCGUGAACGUCGUGCUCCAUAUUUGCUACCAGUCAAUGCGUUUAAUUCUAAUACUGAUGAAACAAUUCCGUCUCGUAUUCCAAAAGAUUGUUUAUUCUCCCAAGAAAUAGUUGCUAAUGCAUUAGAUGCAUCUGGUCAUGAUACAUCAAAAUUCGAUCGAGAAUAUCGUCCCGAACCAGGUAGGUUAUUUUUUUUUUCAAAGAUUAUUUGA